AUGGCCACUAGCGGGACUGCCGGUCCGGCUUCCGUCCGAAUGCAAGAGAGCAGGAGUGCCGAUUCGCGCACACGCUUGCGAUCGACUGGUGGAGCAAAGCUCAUACGCUACCCCACCAUCGCGAACGAGCACCCAUCAGCGACGGCCCGUCGCGACCUGCGCAGACUAGGUGUCGAGUCGUCAACCCCACCGCGCAUCUUCCCCGGAGCAUCAUCCGAGGUGGAUAACGACCUCGACUACGGAGGCCCUGAUGGGCUGGAAGCAAAGGUCGUUCUUCUAGGAUCACAGGGCGUUGGCAAGACGUCGCUCAUCCUCCGUCUUACAACAGGGUCCUUCUCCGCCAUCCCGGCCCCUGCAUCACUCGACGGCUCGCUCUACAAGCGAAAGCUCGUGCACAAUGGUGUCCCUGUCAAGCUGCAGAUCUGGGACACUGCUGGGCAGGAACGAUUCCGAUCCAUGGCGCCAAUAUACUAUCGCGGAGCUCAUGUCUGUAUCCUCGUCUACGACAUCACCGACCGCAAGAGCUUUCAAGACGUCCGAUCGUGGCUCGAGGAGCUAGGAGGCAAGGCGUCCAAGGACAUGCUCAUCUACGUUGUUGGUGCCAAGAUUGACCUCGAGCGUCAAAGGGCAGUAACCUUUGGAGAGGCUCGAAGGACGAUUCGGACAUGGCUGAAACCGCCACCACCAGAGCCUGAAGGGCUGCCAGAGGUGCUCUCGCCAACGGGCCGCAGUCUGUUCCGAAGCACUUCAACGCGGGCCAGAACCGAUUCGUCCAUCGGCGCGUCGCCUCCUCGCACGAGACCUCAUUCUAUGCACGGCCUCGCGUCGCUCAUGGCCAGUGUGUCCGAUUUCGCCGAUUUCGACCACUCGCCUGCGUCAUCUCAGGCCUCGACGGCCGCACCGACCCUGGUGGCUCCGACACCAGUGCCAACAGUCCACUUCCCUGCGAGUCUCACCACGUCGUCGGGGUCGGCCUCGCAGUCGACGUCCCCUAUUGACCGGAUCCAACCCCUGCCUAGACGCCAGCAGCGCGUGUCUUUUCAUGCCCUGCAGUCGCCAGAGAUGGCGCUGCCGACAUUUGCAACCACCACCGAGACGGCGGUCGCCUCGACCGUCAAUGCGGGCGCCACCGCCACCUCGCGCCACAACUCGUCCCACCGGUUCUCCAUCUCGGGUGUCCUAGGACUAGGACGGACUACGAGCGUGAGCGAGGCAGUCACAAACCUUGCUUCGUUGGCCGAAGCCAAUCCAGUGUCGGUCGCUCGCUCGCCCACGCUCCGUUCCCCGAUGCGUGCACGGACCGAGAGCUCACCCAUGCUCGGUAAUGAUCUGCCGCGCAAGCGCAGCGACGACUGGACCACGAACCGAGCGUGGGGCCGGGGCGAGGGACCCAGGGCAGCGGACGCACUUGAAGAAUUUGGUGCCAAUGUGCGUGGUGGCUCGGCCGACCGCCUAACUGCUGGUACCUCGGCGUUCUCGCAGUCGUCCAACUUUCUCCGCCCUGGCCGUGCUCGCGGUGGCAGCCUCGGUCGCGACUCUCGUCUCUACGGUAGCGAUGACGAGGAUGACGCGUCGACGCCGAACGAGGUCCAGUGGGGCGUGGAAAUCGAGGGCAUCCGCCUCGGCGAGGUCUCGUCCCUCACUGGGGAGGGCGUCGAGAUCAUGUGCCGCUCCAUCUCCAGUGCCUUGGUUGAGCGCAAGGACAAGAUUGAGCGCGAGAGGUCGCUCAGAAGAAAGAACAGCGUUAUGCUUACCGACCCGUCCAAGAACCAAGCCGCAAACAAGGCCAAGGGCCGGUUUGGCUGCUGCGCCUAA